AUGGCUCAGCAACAAGGUCUUGGCAUGCCACGCGUCUUUGUUAGCGCCUCGGAAGAAGCUUUCAAGAAUGCUGUUGUGGACGAAAUUUAUUCGGUGUUGCGCACGACUACAAGCGAUCGGCGAAUCGUGUCUGUUGGACUGUCUGGUGGUUCCAUGCCCUUCCAGAUCUCUCCUGGCUUAAUAGCUUUGAGCGAUGUUGAUUGGAGCCGCGUGCACUUUUUCUUCUGCGAUGAAAGAGUCGUUCCGUUUGAUGAUCCAGAGUCAACGUUUGGCGUCUAUCAAAGGACACUCUUUUCAAAACUUUCUCCCGCACCUGUUGUACACAAGAUCGAUCCCACUGUUACAACAACAGAAGAAGUAGCGGAACUCUAUCAAAACGAUAUUCUUGAAUUCUUUGGCGCAGAGAACGGCUACCCGGUUUUUGAUCUCAUUCUUCUGGGCAUAGGUCCAGAUGGCCACACUUGCUCAUUGUUUCCGCGUCACAAACUUCUAGAGAUUGAAAAUCUGGUUGUCGCUCCGAUCACUGAUAGCCCUAAGCCCCCACCGAAUCGGGUGACUCUAACUCUCCCCGUGAUCAAUAAAGCCAACAAGGUGAUGUUUAUUGUCACCGGAGCCAAUAAGGCAGAAGUUAUCAAGAAAAUCAUAGAGGAUGAUCAUCCGUCGGUGAUGUACCCCGCAAGCAUGGUUCAACCCCUUGCCUCGAAACCCUCAUGGCAUCUUGAUGGGGCCGCAGCCAAAUUACUUACUUCUGCCAACUAG